UUUUAUGUAAUUUACAGAAUUUCUUUUUGUCUACGUAAAAUUUUAACUUUUUUUCCCCUUUUUUUAAGAAAAAGUUUGUAUUUGAAUUAGCAUAUUUUGCCUUUCGUGUAAAAAGAUGUAAAGCACUCUGGGGGUUGCUUUGUGUUUCGUUUGUCUGUCUGUUAUUAGGUAGAAAAUGUCGCGUUCAAAUGUUUCUGGUGAUAGCUCAAAUUUUAAGUUUGGUUCAGCUUGGUUUCAAAAGAAAAUUAACAUUCGUCCUGUUCUCAGAGGUUGCCACUUAAUUACAGAUGAAUUUUUAAAGCAAGUUCCCGAGAUCGGUAGAUUUUCUAUUGGUCUUGUGCAUAUUGAAAUCAUGCAUACAUCAGCUAGUCUGGCAUUGAAUGAGAACUGGGAUCCUGAUGUCAGAGAAGACAUGGAAGCAUUCUUAACAGAACUUGUACCUGAGAGUACUCCAUUCAGACAUUCCUGUGAAGGCCCAGAUGAUAUGCCAGCUCAUAUCAAGUCGUGUUUCCUUGGAUCAAAUUUGACUAUACCGAUAACUGAUGGAGAAUUGAAUUUAGGAAGCUGGCAAGGAGUUUGGUUGUGUGAACAUAGAAAUAGAGCUGGUUCUCGCAAGAUGAUGGUGACAAUCAAUGGUGCCCUAAGAGAUUGAAAAUAUCCAGUUUUUGAACUUAUCUCAAUUAUGCAAUCAAGUAAAAAAUAGAUGUUCAAGAUCCUGUCAUCUUUAAUUUUGUUUCUUUAAUGUUUGCUGCACAUCUUUCUUAAAUUUCUACAGUAUAUUUUUUUGAGAUAAAUACAUAUGCUGUCCAUCUUAGAUUAGAACAUUUAAAAAAGUAGAAAUCUAGUGGAAUAUUUAGAAUUUUUAAUCACUAGUUAUUAUUAAUAUUUAACAUUCUAUUUGCAUUUCAUGAUGGAUAUUACAUAAUUAUAUGUUACAUUUAAAUCUUUUCAGAAAAGGAUGUAAUUUACAGUUGCCAAUAUUUGCAAUAUACAUGAAAAUUAAUCAUUUAGUACUUAAUAAUUGUAGCAUCAAACUUUAUAAAUGUGAAUUUUCCAUUUACAUUAUCAAGUUAUUGCAUGUCAUUCUUUUCUUUUGGAUAUGUCUUUUUCAACCAACUAAAUGGGAAUAUUUCCCCCCCCCCAUUGAGGUUAGUUGUAUGUGUUUCUAAUGUUAGAAACUUGACUAAUUAAAUUUCUAUAGUUUAAAAUUUUCUGUAUGUCAGUUUUUUUAAGCUGACAAGGUAAAUUUGCCUUAUGUGUGAAUGAUGCUGAUUUUCUUUACUUUAUAUAUCUUCCUCAAUAAGCCAAAAUCAGUAUUAUCACCAACUUAUGGAGGUCAUGCCCCAAAUUGCUUUUGUCAAAUUCCUUGCAUACAAAAUAAUUUAUACUCCCAUGAUUUUCAAGAUCAUUUUAUCAUCCCUGCAAAUAAUUGCAUUCACGCUGUUGAAAGUAAUUUAUUUUAGAAAUGCAAUUUAUAUUUUUGAUAUAAUAGACCAAAAUUUUGAUAAAUUUCUACAUUUUUGUUCUAUGUUUGGAAAUAUAUUAUUUUAGAAAAAUUAUAAGCCAUUAUCUUUAAAGUACUGUUUUUGUUAUUGAUUACAUUAAUUUUUCACACAGCGUAUCUGUUGGUGAAAUAAAAUGUUAUAAAAUGACAAACAAAAUAUAUUAUCCAUAUUUCAUCUAAUUCUCCAUUAAAAUUACUGUUAUGAAUGCUUCCAUGAAUUUGUAUCAUUCAAUAUAUGCAACAUUUUUCUAAUGUACUACUGCAUAUUCUCCAUUUUAUUUAUAUUUCAGUAUUAGUUGUAUAUAAAAAAUUAAUUACUAAUAUAUACAGUAUUAUCCAGCGAACUUUGUUAUAUAUAUUUAUGCGUAUAUCUCUGCAUGUAGAAUCCCAAGUAUAUUCAAGUAGAGUUUGCCCAAGAUUUUGUUAACUGAAAUUUUUUAAUAUUGAGAAUAUUUUUCUGUAACUUUUAAUUUUGGUUUAUCAUCAAAGUUUCUGCUUUCUUCAGUCUCUGAGAAAGAAUUAAUAUAAUGAUUACUAUACAUUUCAAUGUAAGAAAGAAUUUCUAAUUCAUGAUUAUAAUUAAUAAUAUCUUCAACAGGCAUAAUAGUUUAAUAGCUUGCUACUUCAUGAAAAUGGAACAUUUGUAAAAAAUUUUGAUAAAUGAGUUAUUCAAAAUUCUGUGAAAAAUUUAUUUGGGAGCAGAGAUUCAUUACUUUACUAUGCAUUUUUGCAUUUUAAAAAUUGAGAUUCUUAUAGUCUUCAUCUUUUAACCCUUAUUGGAGCAUAUUUGCUAAUUAAACUUAUUUUUAUAAAAUUACAAAAAACUGAAAUAAUUCUUUAUGGUUUCUAUAUGAAUUUUACUGUGUAAAAAAUUACACUUUUUAAAAUUUGAUCCCUAUAUCCUUGUGAAAUGACUUUUUUAAGAACAACUGAAGAGUAACACAGUUUACAAUGCUCUUCGCUAUAAAAUUCUUUACAUAAUUUCCAUGAAUUUCACGGUACGGGAAUUAAAUCUUGGUCUUCCUUGGAGAGUUUAGGUAUGUAAUGUGAUUUUUAUGAGUUAUCAAACUUUGAUUUGUUAAAAAACAAACUGAUGAAAUGCCAUAAAUAUUCAGUUCACAUUCAAACUGCUUUUCGGUAGGCCAAAUAACUUUAUUAAUAAUUUUAUUGCAGUGUUUCAAUAUGCUUCAUGUAAUGCUAUUACUUAGUUACUAUGGCACAAUAUAUUAACAUGGAGCACACUUUUAAUACUGAAUAGCCAUAUAGUCUUCGUAGAAGUAAUUGUAAGUUUCCUAAAGUUAUAUGCUUAUUACUGUAAAAUUUCAAAAUAUAAUCCUUCCAACGAAGUUAAUAUCUACUUUAGUAUUUAACUAAGAAAUUUUGCUGUAUGUUUUGACCCUGUAAUCUUAGAUCCAGAAAUAAGUUGUUUCAACUUGAUCAUAAAUAAUUACAGUAUUUCAAGUGCCAAGGUAUUUAUAUAUUAAAAAACUGCGAAAAUAUUAAUAGUUAAUCAUGUAGCAUGCAAUCUACUGAUUUUAGUUAGUUAUUAAUUUCUUUCUUAAAAUGUUAUUUUUUAAAUUCAAACCUUUGAUAAAAUGGAGAGAAAAGAAAAUAAUUAAAAUGACAACCAAUUUUAGUACUGUCAUCUAAAAAAUUAAUGACUAAAAGUGGUAGAUUGCAUACUAUAUGAUUAGCAAUUUAUGUAUUGAUUUAUAAAGUGUGUACUCGAGGUCUGUAUAGGCAUUGUUUCACAUGAAAUAUGUCUACUUGUAAAAGAAUGUGUUUUACAGUUUUUUUAUAACCAAAACAGUAUUAUAUCUAAUAAAAUAUUUUUAUGUUUGUGAACUUCUUAAAUAAAUUCUAAAUAUAUAAUUUAUAUAAUAUAAAUAUAAUAUACAGUAUUUUAAUUGUAUAUAUGCAUAUAUAUUUAUAAUUACUGGGAAAAUGAUUAUUAUUUUGAAUAUAAUAAAUACAUAAAUUUUUCAUACAAGUCUUUUUAUCUGCAUAGUAAUUAAGAGCUUUUUAUGAAUUGUAAAUUAUAUUCUCAUCAUAUUUUUAAAUUUUACAAUGUUUGAAAGCCAUACUAAUAAAUCAUUAUUUAAAAAUAAUUUAUUAAUCUUCCUUUUCUCCUUUUUUAAAUGUUUGGAUAUAUAAUAAUUUCUUUGAAGAAUUAUCUGCCUCAUUCUCAGUUUGCAUUAAUAUUAUUCAGUUAUUUGAAAUUUAUGAGAAUUUAUCUUGAAUGUGUUUAAUAAUACAAAUG